AUGGAAAAAUCCAGAACCAGCGAGGCGAAUAAAAAUAAAUUUACUAACUGUGAAAAUGGUGAAAGGAGCACUAAAUAUGAAGAAGGAGAAGAAAAAAAUUUAUCUUUUCUGAAGCCUACCUACUUUAUUCACAAUAAAGAAAAGGCUUUAAAGGACUUUAUUAAGAAAAGAAAUGAUCAUUUAACAAAAAAUAGUGCUCUAAAGGACAAGAAUACAUGUAACUAUUUUCAGAUCAUCCCAAACAUCGUUACCUUUACUUCUUACGCCCCUUUCAAGAAAUACGAAAGGGUGGUAACAUUAAAAAAUAUCGAAUCCAAUGCGAGAAAUCUCAAGAUCAAAUUAGAAGACAACCAUGUAUUCAAAAUUAAGUAUAUAUCGGAUAUAAAAAAGAAGGUUGCACCAGGCAUGCUAUUCAGUUUCAAGGUAGAAUUUUAUCCACAGUCAUGUGAUAAUUAUGAAUGUGAUCUGGAUAUUCAUUCCGAGAACAAUUCCUUCACAUUACCCAUAAGAUGUAUGAACGAUGAACUUAUUUUAGAUGUUCAAGACGAGAUAUUAUUAAAUGAUACACCAAUAUAUAUGAAAAGCGAAAAAAGCAUAACAAUAAAAAAUAUCGGGAAAUAUGAAAAUAAAUUUCAAAUCAGCUUAAAACCUCCCUUUUACGUUAAUUCUUGUAUUCAUGUUCUUAAAGAGGGAGAAAUAGUAGAAGCGAAGAUCACGUUUCUUCCUAUAGAAAACAGAACUUAUGAAGAUUACAUGAUAGUUAAUUAUGAAAAUGGAAUAAGCACUUACACAAAAAUAAAAGGAGAAGGAGUUGUGGCUGAUGUGCUUAUAAAAGAUAAAGAAUUUAUUUCUGAUGACAUCUGCAUAAAUAAAAGAAAAGAAAUUAAUAUUAUCAUUAAAAAUUUAUCUUUUUUUUUGCUAACAUAUAAUAUUAUAAAAUAUCAUGUGUACGAAUAUAAAUAUGAUGAUCCUUCAAUAAAUAUAAAGGAAAUAAAAUUAGACAGACGAGAUAAAAUCAUCCAAAAGACAUUCAUUAGAGAUUCAGAAUUGGUAGAUGAGAACAUAGUAGAAAAUGUCCUGUACAAAAAUGAAGAAUAUUGCGAGGGUGAAUAUAUUGAGGGGGAUGACGUUGACGUAAGUAGAAGUUGCAUGAAGCUCAGUGAUGAUAGUUGCAGUGAUAGAUGUUCCAAUGAUAGUGAUUUCAGCGACGUCUGGUUCAGUCGAAGGGAAAUCCUUUCUGGAAAUAACUUGACAGAUGGGCUAUCUACUAAUGAGGAUGGAACAAACAAAAAAGAGGAACCCCAAAAUGAACGGAAAGUGAUACAUAACGAAAAAUGUGAUACUUUUAAUUCUGAAUAUUCUGAUAAAUCAUUUUUUUCAAAUUGUGAUGAUAGGAAAGAAUAUAGAAAAGAAAAGAAAAAAAAAAUUGUAGAUAUAUACCCUAAAUUCAAGAAAUUAUACAGUGAUACCGACACAGCCAUUACAGUUUCGGUAUGUCCCACCUUUGCGGCAUUUUAUAAAAUAGUAUUAUUCUUAUUUAUAAAAGGAUAUAAAAAAGAAGAAAAAAUAGUUAUAUACCUAAAGAGUAUAGCACCUGAAAUUGUCAUUAAGAAUAGGGUACAACAAAUUGAUAGUAUUGUAGUGAACACAUGUAAAAUGGUAACCUUUGAGCUUGUGAAUAAUAGUCAAUAUAAUGUUCCUAUAAAAAUAGAGAAAAAAGAUGAUGAAUAUGAUGAAUUUCAAAUUGCACGUAGAAAAUUCACUAUACUUCGGAAUUCUACGUACUUACUAGAAAUUGUAUAUACUCCAAAAGUAAAAGGAAUUGCUGAUAAAACUUUUACAAUUCAUCAGAAGUACACAAAUGUGAGAAAUAAAUUACAAAUAAUAAGUAAUUGUACAUUUCCAGAAAUUAUAUUUGAUAUAGAACAAAUAAAUUUCAAUCAAGUAUCCCACAGUUUUGAAUAUGAAAAAACGUUUACCAUAAUUAACAACUCAGAUUUUACCUUACAUUACUUAUUUAAUAUAUCUAAAGAAUUAAAAGAUGAAAUAAAAAUUGACAAAAAAUGUAAUAAAUUAGACAAAUAUGAAAAAGAAGAAGUUAUCAUAAAAUUUUGUCCUAAACAAAUAAAAACAUAUUUGACAAAUAUCGAACUUUUCCUAAGUGAAAUUAAAACAUAUAAAAAAAUAUUACCUUUUCACGCUAUAUGUUGCAAACCUGAGGUAGUGUGUGAACCCGUCUUUUUGAAUAUAGAACCUAUGGUUAUAGAUAAAAAAUACACUGAACGAAUUAAACUUCUUAAUAAUUCUGAAAAUACGGAUAUAAAAUAUGAAAUAAUUGUAGAUGCAGAAAUAUAUGAUAUCUGUGAUUUAGAAAUUUUUGAAAAAGAUGGAACAAUACAAAGAAACAAUUUCAAAUUUAUUGAUAUUUGUAUAAAGAGUAACAUUAUAGGGUAUAUACUCAUCGUUGUUAAAAUUAAGAUAUCUGGAUGUGAUGAUCUCUUAUUUUUAAAUAUUAAAGCUUGUUGCACCUGUCCUACUAUAAAAAUUUCCCCUAGUGUAAUUGAUUUUGAAAAAUGCAACUGUUUAGAUGUAAAAGAAAAACUUAUUGAAAUAAAAAAUGAAAGCCCGAUUAACACCUUUAUCAGCUUGUCCAACAGUUCAUCAAUAUUCAGAUUUUUGGAAAAUAACUUUUAUAUAGAACCUUAUAAAUCCGCUUUUGUUCAUAUGUAUGCUGAAUGUUUAGACACGAUAGCAUAUACAGACACACUACUGGUGAAUGUCCAUCGUAAGCAGGAUCUUUCAAUACCUUUGAAGGCUCAGGGAAUGGGGUCACCUAUAUUAGUCAAGGAAAAUUUCAUAAGUUUCGAUGUAAUCUACACGAGUAAAAAAUACGUACAUGAGCUUAUUGUCUCCAAUAAAGGAACUAACGAAAGAGGCAUAUACCUCUUGUUUGAGUCAGAAAAGAAAAGAAAGAAAAAAAAUGAUAAUUCUGAAAUUUUUAACGUUACUCCAAGGAAGAUUUGUAUUAAGGGGGGUGGAGAUGUAGUGUGUGUAUUAAGUGCCAUUAACUGUAAAGAAGAAAAGUGCGAGGAUGUUCUUUAUUUAUAUGAAGAUUCAAUUAGUAAGAAAAAUGCAUGCAACAAUUUUAAAAAAGUAAAAAUAGAAGCAUCCUUUGUACAUCCGGAAGUAGAAAUAUGUGGUAUUGUUAAAUUUGUUUAUAAUUUUAAUGAGCAAGUGGGUGUGCAAAAAGACGAUCUGGAAUUCCUACCUAAUGAGGGAAAUGGUAAUUAUUUAGAAGCAGCGAAGGAGAAAAAAUUGAAACAACACAUCACAUAUUUGAAUGAUAUGAACAGAUUAAUGCAAGAGGUUGAAAUGAAGAAUAUAAAAAAUGCAAAUGUAAAGUUUACAUUGUCUACCAAGAUGCCCUUUUUUGUUGACCAGGAUGUAAUAGAACUGAGAGGUAUGGAAAAGAAAAACAUUCGCAUAUUUUUUGAUGUCGACUUUAUGGAUAACAAAAUUAACAACACAUAUCGUGAUCAUCUGACUGUGCACUUCUUUGAAAAUGACAGAAGACAGAAAUAUGAAUUACUUGGUGAGACUGUUUACCCUAAUAUUGUUAUGAAUAAAAAUUCUAUAGAUUUUCAGUAUAUUUUAAAAAAUUUAUUUGCCCAGGAAAUAGUUGAAAUUAAAAAUGUAUGUAAUUUUAAGGUGUACUUUCAAUGGUUUUUUGAAGAAAAUCAUAUCUACAAAAAUUUUAAUGAAGUUUUUAACAUCACUCCUCAUAGAGGUUAUUUAUUGCCUUUCGAAAAAAAACAAAUAGAAGUUACAUACAAUAGCAUAAAUGAAAAUUAUUAUAACAUUAAUGUUUUAUGUCAAAUUAAGAAUGGCCCUAUGUAUACAAUGAAACUAAUAGCUGGUUAUUCCGAUAUUAAGUAUAGUAUUAAUAAGAAAGAACUGAAUUAUAACAUUCAUUAUAAAUCAAUAGGAGAGGACUUUUUAACUAUACAAAAUACAGGGAAAAUUAAACUUUUCAUUGAAAUUCAUUAUAACAUAAAAUUUCCUUCUUUACUUUACACAAAUGUAAAUAAUAUUUUUAUUGAACCUAACAAUAGUAAGGACAUCAUUUUUUAUUUCAUACCAGGUAUUCCAUUAAAUGUAACUGAAACAAUUUUAAUAAAAAUUUGCAAUUUUGAAGAAAUCAAAAUAAACUUACAUUCCAGAAACAUUUCGAACAUAUUGCUUUUGACUGUUCAAGAUAUUGGAGACGGAUAUGCAAAUGAAAAUGUUGGGGAACUAACAGAUUAUAGUUAUUCAUCCGACGUUAAUGAAAAUUUCGAAAGAAGUAGUGAUAGAAUGAAGAGCGAAUUUAACCAUAUAGAAAACUUGAUAAAUAACACCUUGUUAUUUACUGAUGAAAAUUCCUAUUAUGAAAAUCAACGAAGAGGGUUAAUUAAAAAGCUGAAAAGGAAUUAUUCAAAGAUAUUUUUGUCACUCGGGAAAUAUAUUGAAGAAAUAUUAGCUCUUUAUCACAACCAAUCAGGGGGAGUAGUAGAAGGGGUAUUUCAGGUGAACCCAGAAGUGGACGAGAUGAGCCAAAUUGGUGAAGUAGACAAAAUGGACGUGAUGAGCCAAAUUGGUGAAGUAGACAAAAUGGACGUGAUGAGCCAAAUUGGCGAAGUAGACAAAAUGGACGAGAUGAGCCAAAUUGGCGAAGUGGGCAAUUGUUCUAGUAGACAUGCUAGCGAAAUUAAUUUGUCUCGACAUUCAAAACGUAGAUACCAUCUCAUAGGUAUCCUAAAACGUUUCUGCGCUAAAAAUAACAGUUGUACAAUUUUCAUCGAUUUGGUGAAGUCGUUUAUUUUGACCCAAAAGGAUGAUGUGUAUAUUCUUAGGAUUCUUACAAAACUGAAGAAAUUAGCAGAUUUCGAGAAGGUGUCAUGUUACAGCUACGUGAGCAAUGAAUACAUUUUAAAAUAUUUGAAAGGAAUAAUUUUAGAAAGUAACAUCAUGUUAAAGGAAGUGUGUUUAAAUUUGGGAAAUGUACUUAUUAAUGAAAAAAAGGAACAAAUACUUAACAUAAAAAAUGUAAGCAGUGAAAAAAUAGGACUGAAUUACCAUUUCAUAGAUCCAGAAAUGAGAGACUUAAUAACAUUAGUAUGCGAAAAUAACGAAGUUAAUAAAAAUGAUUACACUAAUCUGAAGAUUAUAAUUCAAAUGAAUCGUUCCAAUGAAAAAUCAUUUUUUGAAAAAUUGUUCAUUUACAUGAAUGAUAAAAAUUAUUACACUAUCUGCAUAAAAUUUAAUUAUAUUAUCCCAGAUAUACUUUUAUAUUAUAGACAAAUAUAUUUCGAAAAAGUAAAAGUAAAAAACUGCUUAUGCAAAACGAAUCGUUUAAUAAAUACCAAAAAUGUGGAUAUUAAAUUUAAAAUAAAGAAUAUCAUAUUUUAUAAUAAAAAGUUAGAAUAUAAUCAUUUAAAAAAAAAGGAGCAACUUUUUAUAACGCCGAUUAAGGGAAUUGUUAAGAACAAUUCUUAUUUAGACAUUCGAAUAUUUUUUGAGCCUUCAGAUAUAUAUAAAAAUGCUAAAAUAAGUAUUGAACUAUUUAUUUAUCAUUCUUGUAUUACAAAAACUAUUGAUGCUUAUUUGAAUAGCACUAGAAAUAAUGUGCAGGUGGAGCCGUGCGACAUUAUAUUGAAGCCACUCCUGUGCAAUAGUGGAGACAUACAUGAAAAAAUUAAAAUCAAGAAUUUCUAUAAUUAUUCGAAAUAUUUGUUCAUAUACAUCUUGGACGAUUAUUAUAAGUACUUUCAAAGUUUCAUUUAUGAUCUUUUGAUUAUUCACACACAUAUAUAUGUAGAAAAAAAUAGUGAUGACGAUUUCUUUUAUAGCAAUUUGGUGUAUUACUUGAUAGAUCUGUAUAAAAAUCAAAUUAAAGAAAUAAAACAGUCUGAUAAAGCGAGAGAAGUUGUGUUAAAUAAUAAUGUAGAUCACCCCCUAAUACUGAAUGGACAAAGUAAAGAAAUAAACGAGAAUCAUCACAACUUGAGGCAUGAAAGUAAAAGUAGAAGAACACACAAUCAGCAUAAAAAGGUGGAAAAUUUAGAAGUGGAGAAUAAAAAUAAAAGCAAACAGGUUGUGUUGGAAGAUAAAAAUGAAAGGGAUGAAGAGAAAUGGAAAGACAAAACGGGAAAACAUAAAACAAAAACGGGUAAUGCUAGUGACAAAAUGCGUGGAACAAAUUCAACUGAAAGAGAAGUAGAAAAAGAAAAAACAAUUGAAUUAACAAUAAAAAAGGAAAAACUGCACGAUAUACUGGAAGAUUUCAUACAUGAACAAGAAGAUAACGUAAACAAAUCAGUCACAGUAUCGGAACUUCAACAAAGGAAUAUUAAAAUUUUAGAAAAUAAAAUUUCCAUCUUAGAGGAAAUCAUGCAAAAAACUAAAAUAAAAUACAACUACUUUGAAGAAUAUUUAAAAAUAAUAAGAAUAAAGAAAAAAAUAAAGGAAAAUUACUUAGUGAUUUGCCCAAAAUAUGUAAACCAUAAAAAAAUUGGAAGAUACCUACUAAAUAAUAAUGUUUUUAAUUUUGCUAAAAAAAAAAAAGAAAAAUACAACGAUUCAGAAUAUGAUAACUUCCUAACAAUUAAUGAAAUAAUUCGAUGGUGCAAAGAAAUUAACGAGAAAGAUAAUUAUCCUUCUAGUGUAAAAAGAAGUUUUAUUCAUUACAUAAUUCAUGAAGAAAAUAUUAGCAAUGGUAGAAAUUCACUAAAAAAAAUAAAGACCUCUAAUAGAAAUAUGAAUGAAAGUUGUGCACAUUUUGAAAAUUCAGGGAUUGAGAAUAUUUCUAAGCAGAUACACCAGGACAAGUUAGAUUAUUUCAUUAGUGAAAUGUUAAAUGUAGGAGGAGAAAAAAAAAAAAAAAAAGAAGAAAAAUCAAAAGAUGACAUAAAAAAGGAUAAUGAUAUGUGUGUAGUUUCAAAAUCAGAAAAUGUAUCUCAAGAAAAAAUUAAUCAUAAAUGUAAUGAAGAACAAAAUGAAGAGGAAACAACAGGGGGUAAUGUAAAAGACAGGAAUUUCACAAAUGUGAGUAAGAAUAAAUUUAAAAAAAAACAAGAUCUAAAACGCAUAAAAUCAAAAAUAGAUAACAAACGUGCAACAUAUAUUCAUAAAAAGGAUAAUAACUAUAUGAUUUAUAGAACAGAAAACAAUGAUGCUAGUGGUAUAUUGAAACCAAAAGCAUUUUUUAACAAAUACAAUAUGAGACGUAAGUUCGAAUAUAUGAAGAACUUUUUUCACUUUUCCCUCCUCAAUGAUGAAGAAUUUAUGAACGAUGUAAAAUCAUUUUUAAAAUUAAUUGUGGAGGAUAGAAAAAAAAUAAAGGGUGAAAAUUCUAGCAGAAAGAAUAGUAGCUUUGUAAAUUUAUUUGAAAACAUCCUAAAGAAGGUAUUACUCUCGCCCUUUUAUAUGAACGGCGUUGUUUUCUUCUUUAAAAAAAAUGAGUAUAUAAAUUCGGAAAACUUUUUUAGAACAUAUUUAAAUCUCAGUUUGGAUGAGAAUAUUCAUGUAAUUUAUUUGAAUCCGAUAGAAAGUUAUGAAGAAUUUUUUAAUUUGUCUAAUCAUGAGGAAAGGAAAAAAGAACAAGCAGGUUUAAAAACAGACACUGAGGGUGAAGCUUUGGAGCCGUGGUCAGCUGACAAAGAGGGGAAAAAUGUGGGAGAAAAAAAGAGAAAAGAAAUAGACAAUAAAAAAGGUAAAGCGGUUGACAAAAAAAAUGAUAAAAAAGUGGACCCUAAAAAUGAUAAAGAAGUGGACCCUAAAAAAGAUAAAAGAGUGGACCCUAAAAAAGAUAAAGGAGUGGACUCUAAAAAAAAGUGCAAAAAAAUUGAGGAAAAAACGAGCAAAUUAACUGAUGCACAAAGACUUAAGCGCUUUUAUGAAAAUUUAUCAAAAAAAUAUCAAGAAAAAAUUGAAAGGAAGUUAAAAGAAAAGGAGCAAAUCGAAAAAAUAAUGGAAUCAUUUAGUGUAGAUAUCGAUUUGAGCAAAGCUAAACAUGCUCCAUGUGCUUUUGAUGAUAGUGAUAAAAAAUAUUAUGCUAACAAGAAAAGGGAAAAAAUCGAAUCAACAGAUCAAACAGAAAAAAUUAAUUAUACAGAAGAAGCAGAAAAAAAUAUUUCCAUGUUAUCACAAAUAGACGGACAUGCGUUUCAAGGAUGUCUAAAAAGGAGUGAUAAUUUAGAAGACAAAAAAAAUAACAAAGUAGUAUUCGAAAAUGGUAUAUAUAAAAUAAAAUACUUAGAAUGUAAGAACCUGAUUGUACAAAAUUUUAUGGAUAAGUUGUAUGAAAAAAUUAUAAUUCUGAAAGAAAAAAAAAAUUUUAGUAAGCAUAUAAUGGAACAAUUGAACUCACACUGUGUUAAAAGAAAUGAACAAGUAGACGAAAAAAUUAUUAAGUAUAAUAAAAGGGUGAAUAAAAUUAAUAAUUAUAUGAAAAACAAUGAUUACCUAGAUUAUGUGCCAUUUUACAAAGAUUUAAAAGUUUUAUUAAGCAAUUUAUUAAAAGACCAUUUAAAAAAAGCAAAGGAUAUAGAUUCUAUCAAAUUGCUCAACCCUGUUAUGAUAGAAACUGUUCAGGAAAAUUCACAAAAGGGCGAAGAAAGUGAUAAAGAUAUAUUGAAAAGUGGAAAAAACAUGAGAAGUAACAACAUGUAUUUAAUGAGAAUAAAUGUUCCUCUUAGUGACAAAUUUAUCGAGAAAAUAUAUGAAGAGGAUGAAGAAUUAGAAAAUGAAAAGAAUAAAAAUAGUAACAAUGUGAUGAUACAUACAAAAAAUGUGGAAGUAGAUGUGUUUAAUGAAGUUAAAGGCAGUACUUUCAGAGAAGAAUUGUGCAACAAAAUAAAUAAUAAGUUUAAUAUUCAAGAUGUUACUAUGAGAAGCGGAGGAAUUAUUAACAAAAAUAAUGUCGUUCAAAAAAAUGUAAAGGGCGUUACACCUAUAAAUUGCAACAAAGUUGAGAAAAGUGUAAAAACGGUUAUUAAUAAAAAUGAAGAACUUAUAAAGUACUUAAAACAAGGAUUUGUUCAAAUAAGCUUUUUAUACUUUUUUAUAAAUGAAGAAUUAUGCUUUAGAAAAAGAAAUGUUCUUCAUGAAAUUUCAAAAUUUAUUCAGGAAAAAUAUAGAGAUAUAAACACGUCCGCCUAUUUUUUUGAUAUCCCAGACCCUAUAAUUUACGACUCUUUUGACGUAAAGAGCUUCAUACAGACAAAAAAAAAUUUAGAAAAAUGUGAAAAUAACUUAUAUAAUACUAUUGAGAAAAAAGGAACUUAUGUUGUAGCUAGAAAAGACGUGCACGAAGAAGACACAGAAGUGAAAGAUGAGCGAAAAGAAGAAUAUGCAUAUGUUAAGGAAAAAAAAAAAGAACGUACUGAAAAUGGGAAUAUAGAUAUGGAAAAAGAGACUCAAAUAGGAAAAUCUAAAAAAAAGAAAACAGAAAAAAAAAAAGACAAUACAAUAGAUGAAGAAAUGAAGAUAGACAAAGAGAAAAAUGAAAAAGACACGCAUGAAGAUGCAGAAAAUGGAAGUAAAAGUGAGAAGAAAGACAAAGAGAAAAAAAAGAAGCAUAGGGAUGAGAACAAAGAUGAGGAAGCCAAGAAGAGUAAGGAGAAGGUAAAUGUGAAUAGUAUACUGAAUGAAUCGACAAAUAAGACAAAGGAAAAAGGAGAGAAGGAAGGAAAAGAAGAAUCGGAAGAUAACGAGAGAAUGAGUAAAAAAAGCGAAAAGAAGAAGAAGAAGAAGAAGAAAAAAAAAAAAAAAAGUAAAACUGAAAAGGUAACAGAAACUGAGGCUAUGGAAAGAGAUGAAAUGCACGAAAACAGAAUGAAACUCGAAAAUAAAAACGAAAAGACGGGAAAUAAAUUUACUAAAGAAAAGGAAAUUUUAAGCAAAAAUUUAACCAAUGAAAUUGAGGUGGAUAGAAAAAUGUAUAAUUCUGGAAGAAUGGAUAUUACUGAAAAAAAUUACUUUGAAGAAUUAGAAAAAAGGAAGUAUGAAAUAAAAGAUGAGUAUGAUUAUAUUUUCUACAAUUACCGUAAUGCACUUAUGGCAAAUGAAGAAAUAGAUAAUGAAAAAAAGAAUGAUCAAAGUUUAAUUAACUUUUUACAAAAUGACACAUCUUAUGAUGGGAAGGGACAAGUUAAGUAUAAAAAUAUAACGCAUGUAAUGCUGGAAAAGAAUAAAACCACAGAAAUUAUCAUAAGAAUUAAUACUUGUAAAACAGCUAAUAUAAAAAAAAAAAUAUGCUUAAUAGAUCUACUUGGAAAUUAUUUUUAUAUAAAUGUUAAUAUUGUAAUCGAUAAGCCUAAAAUUUGGUCGAAUCCUUAUUUCAUAUUUAGUAACAACGUUACAAUAUGUGAUAAUAAAAGUAAAUGUUUUGUGUUAUGUGAAAAAUUAUACAAUUUUGAUAAGGUAUUAAUAGGGAAAAAUGUACAUUCAUUUAAGCAUAUCAUCCAAGCGGAAUUAAAGGAAGAAUGUGAAGAAUAUGUUCUAGAUUAUUUAAGAUCAUUUGAAAGUGUAAAUUCAUCUAAAUUUCAAGUGGCAAAAAUUCAAGCAAAAAACACUACUUCUAUUCUGAACAGGGUACAUAGUAGUGAAAGGGAGAAAAUAAAAUUCAAAUACACAGAUUUGAUACAAAAUAAGAACAUUUCUAAACAUUUGUAUAAGCAUGUGCAAAUUUUAAAUUUAUUUAAUUGUUCCUAUUUUGAUUGCUUUGUUGAACUUUCUUUUGAAAAUAUGCUACAUAGUAGUGAUAAGAAUCCAGUGUCUAAUGAAAAUAACAGUGCUGAUAAUUUGAUAGUGCAUAAUGAUUUUUAUGUUUAUCCUAGUAAAUUUUUCAUUUUAUCAAAAAAGUGGAAAAAAAUUAUCAUUUUGUUUUUACCUAAAUGCAUGGGAUCAUUUCUUGAAAAAUUACUGCUGUCUGUGCAUUCUAUAAAAACCGAUACAAUUGAUGGGUAUUACAAAAAGGACAAUACGAAUGAAACCAAUAGAAAUGAUUACAUACAAAAAUGCGACAAUUUGUUAUACAACAAUAUAGAUAUAGCUAGUAAAAAAAUUGAAACAUGUACAAGUGAUAUAUUCUCUGUGUGCAUAAAAGGUGAAGGAAUAGAGUGCUGCCUAAAGAUUGACCAAAGUUAUAUAAAUUUUCACAAAAUUCUUUUAAAUUCCGUUCAGAAAAAAAGUUUUGAAAUAAAAAACUGUAGUUAUUGUGAUCUUUCGUGGUUUGUAGACCAUAACGAUUUAAAGAACUGUUCACUUUUAUGUAUAAAUCCUAUGAGAGGGAAUUUGCUAAAGAAUGAGAAAAAAACAUUAACAAUCGCUGUUAACACGGAUGUCGUUAGCACGAUAAGAAAAGAAAUAAAAAUUAAUUAUUUUGAAAAAAAUGUAAAGAAAAAUGAUAAAACAAAAAACAACGUUUAUUUUGUUUCUCUCUCUGUGCAAGCGGAAAUUUGUAAAUCUUUUAUCCAAAUAAGUUCUGAAAUUGUCGAAGGAAAUAAGGAUGAAAUAUUCCAUCCGUUAGCAGAAGAUGACAGCUUUAGGAAGCAUAAAUUAAGGGAUAAUCAUUUUGGAACCAUGUUUUCCUGUCAAAAAAUUAAACACGUAGUAUUAACUAACUUACCGGAUGUUAUAGAAGAAGACAUUAAUUUCAAACAUGUACAAGUAAACGAAACUAAAAUUUGCUUGUUGAAAGUGAAAAACACAGGAAAAGUUAAAAUUUUUUAUUUAGCGGAAUUAAAUGAGGACUUAUUUUUGAAUUUUAUAAGUAUGGAAAAAGAAAGCGAUAGUGUAAAUUCAAAUGAAAUAAAAAUUAUAAAACUUAAAGUGCGAUCCUGUAAGAAGGUCAAGUUUCAAAAUAUCCCUCUUCUUUUGCAUUUUUACGACAUAGACAACAAUUACAUUCAAACAUAUAAAUAUUCCAUCACUGUAUUUUUCGAUUAUAAUUAUGUAAAGAUUAUUCCAUCUGUACUUAAUUAUGAUUCUGUUGAAAUUAUGAAGGAAGAAACUCGAUUUUUUAAAAUAAUUAAUUAUGGACAUUUUGACUUUAAAUAUGAUAUCAAAUUGUUAAGGAAUAAAAUAAAAAAUACAGAAAAUGAUAAAAUAGUAAGAUACAACAGCACGAAAUGUAUUAAAACAGAUAAUGAAACAGAAAUAGUAAAUCCAUUUUCCAUUUCUCCACUAAGUGGCACUGUAAAAUCAAAGGGAGAACAGACAGUCAUGGUUCUGUUUAAUUCUUCCGAAGAGAGGCAGUAUAAAUUUAUUUAUAUCGUUGAGGUCGAGAAUGUUGCAUCAGAUAUAAACAUAGAUAAUAGGAAAAAUUAUCGUAGCAUGUUGUACAAGCAUGUAAAGGGAAAAAAAAGAGAAACUAGUGCUGAUCACAGUGAUGUCAUUAAAAUAUUCGCGUCAUCAGUUAAGCCUAGCAUUUCCUGUGAUAUAAAAAAUAUAUUCGAAGAGGUUUUGGUAGUAAAUGGAACAGAUAGUUUUUCCAAUUUUUUAUCAGAUUUUUUAAGCAAAAACAGUUAUUAUAAUAUUAAUGAUAAUACACUAUAUUAUAAAUAUUGCUAUGUGAAUGAGUACAUUAAUGAACGAAUAAAAAUUUCCAACACGUCCGAUGUAAAUGCAAAUGUACAUGUAGAAAUUAAGGAAAUUGAUUUUUCCAACUAUAAGAACAAAAGUGGAAAGGAUAAGGGAAAAGAAAAGAUAGAGGAUAAGGGAAGAGACAAAGAAAAUGAACAAAAACGAACGAGUGUUACUCCAAAACAGAGAUCGUCAAUUCAUUUUAAUAUGAGAGUUCAAAAUUAUAAUGAAGUAAAGUCAACAUGGAAUUUGGAAGAAAUGAAUGAGCAACGUUAUAACAGCAACUGUAGCGCCUCUUACAAUUCGUACAGUACUAUCACAAUGGUAUCUCGUUAUCAACACAAAUAUGUGGAUAUGUGCUUUUAUUCUAAUCAGAUAGGAAGUAAAAAAUUUCUCGUAAAUGUACAUUUGAUAAAUGAAGAAAAUGUUUUAUGCUUUUCUUUUUAUAUAAAUGUGGAAUUUUAUUUACCUUCGAUUAAUUUAAUAAUUCCACAAAGUUUACUUAAACUCCAUUGUGAAGAUAAAGUAUACGAUUUAGGAGAUAUACACCUGAACAGUGUAAUUUCUUUUAAAGUAAGAUUAAAAAAUUGUUUCAAAUAUCCUGUCACUAUAAAAGUUUUCUUUGAAAACGUGAAUUCAGUUAUAGACAACUCUAACAGCCACAAUCAAGAAAGAAAACAACUAAAAUGUGAAGACGAAUUAACAAUCCCUUUGGGCAUUAAAAAAGAAAAAUGGAAAACUGAGAAUAUUAAUGAAGAUGCGAAUGAUUUUAAAAAUAAGGGAACUCAAGCUAGAGGCAUUAACAUGCUGUGUGAUGAAAAUGAGUUACAACAAAAAGUGGAGAAUGCAAAAUAUAGCAAAGAUGUAAAUUAUAAAUGUGCAGAAAAGUUAGACAAAUAUAACAAAGGAAUUCACCAUACCUUCAAUACCGAUGAAAUGUAUGUUCAUGAAAAGAAAGACAUUUAUAAUGCUAUAAAUAGCAAUUUCUUUUUUACGAAUAUUAAUGAUCAAAUAGAGAUUCACACAGAAAGUAAUAUCACCUAUUUUGACUAUAAAAGUGCUAAAGAUUUGAUGUAUAAAACUAGAGAAAAAAAAAUGUACAUGCACAAUUCUGGGUAUUUGUACUUUAUUGGAAGUAGUACCUACGUAUUAAUGGAAAGUGAUGCAGCAAGCUUUAAAGUAAAACUUGAUAAAAAUAAGUUAGAAGAUGAAAUAAAAAGAAAAUCGAUACAAAGGAACAAUUCAAAUGAAAAACAUGUUGAACAAUUCAUUAAACAAGAUGGGGUUCUCUGUACAGAUAAUGAAACUGGGGUAACGGAAAAUGUGCACAAUGAGAUGGGAACAAUCGAUGUAGAAGAAAAAUUAGAUAAACAAAAAGGUAUCAGAAAGAAUAGAGGAAAGGUAAAAAAACAAGAUUUGAAUAAAAAGAAGGAUUGCAACAAUGAGAGGAAAAUUUUAAAAGAUUGUUCAACUGCCACAACCAACGGUAUAGGGGGAAAAGAAGUUUUAGGAAGCAUAAAUAUUAAGGUGCUAAAUAAUAGCUACGAAUUUUAUAACUUAAAGUUUUUGGGGAAUAUAAUAGAGUCUAAGAAUUAUUGGAAUUUACAAAAUUUGAAAAAUAAAAUAAAAAAUGCGUAUAGGAGUAAAAACAUCGACAUUUUUAAAAAUCAUAUAAAUUUUGAUUUAUUACCUGUAGGAUUUAAUCAUUCAUUUAAGAUUUAUUAUGUAAACGAAAACAACUACGAUUUAUUUUUCCAUAUAGAAUUAGAGAAAAAAAUGAAAAAUAUCAUUGAUAUUAAACCUUUAUGUGGUUCAAUACAUGGGAAUAGUUCUUUUUUGUUUUAUCUACAAAUUGACAUAAAGGAACCUAUUAAUUUAGUGAACAAAAAAAUACCUUUUAAAUUGUCUUUACACCCGUAUAAUAAAAAAAAUGAAAAAAUUAAGGAUGAACAUGAAAUAUAUGAUGACUCUUUAUUUUUAAGUUUAACUUCAGAAGAAGUAAAAUUUUCUUAUAACAAAAAAAAAAUUAUUUUUAAAAAUGUUCCUUUCUUUAAUUAUUCCAAGAGUGAAUUACUCAUAGAAAAUUCGUCCAACAUAAAGUUAUUUGCUGAAAUGAGCAUUCUACCGAUAAACAGGUUGGAUGAUAUAACAUCUGUUUAUUCCUUUCAUCCAUUUUCCAAUAAAAAUAUUAUUUCGAUGUUAAACAGAAUGAGUAAGGGUAUGUUACUAAAAGAAAAUGGAGAAAACAAAGAAAAGACAAUGUGCAACUCUCUAUCCAAGCCCACGAAAGAGGAAAACAUGAAAAACGGUUUAGAAGUUAGAGAACCUUCCAGAGAAACAAACAAAAGCAACGAUAUUCAUGUCUCUCAGAACCUUUGUGGAACAGAUCCAAAUGAUGAAACGAGUCAAAAUAUGCCGAUUGAUGAAUUUUACUUAACAAAGUACGAUUUGACAUUGUCAGAUUUUAGUGAAAAUAUGUGUAACAUGGUAGAAAAUAAUCAUAACGAAACAUUUAGAGGAAGAAACGAAACAUUUAUAGAAAGUGGUGACUUAACCCUAGGUCCUGAUGUAGAAAGAAUGGGAGAUGUAUACAGAAUGAAGCAACCGUGUAGAGUUAUAAAAAAAUAUAUAACCAUCAACGGAAGGUGUAAAAAACGUGUACAAUUGUUUUGCUUUCACCAUUUGUAUAAGCAACGAUUUGAUGCUGUGUUGCAAAUAAAAAUAAAAUUUUAUAACGAAAUAACAAUUCCAAUUACCAUGAUGUUCGAAAAUUAUGAACAUAAUAAUGCAUUUUUAUUAACAGAUUUGAAAUAUAAUGGAAGUGAAGAUCAAGUGGGUGAGAAGAAAAAGGCUGAAAAAAGACAUAAAGUGUUUGUAAUUAGUAGAGGUGUGCUAACAAAAGUAGGUUAUAACAUAUACCUUUUGAACAUUUCAAAUAAUAGCUUACAAUAUUUGUUUGAAAGGAUUAGCGAAAUGAAUGAAAGUGGAAAAGGAAAUUCAUCAAUUUUACUGAAUAAGAGGAAACAAAAUGAGGAAAAUAAAGAGAGCAGAAAGAAUGACAACAAUUCUGAAUGUAUUAAUUACAAGGGGUUUGUAAAGGAAAAUAAUUUUUCUUUAAUAAGAUUCAUUUUUAACAUUUUUAAUUCAUUAAAUUAUUGUGGACGUUAUAAUUUACAUGUAAACAAUAAGCAAGAACAAUGCAUUGAUUUCCAUCUAAAGGUAAUUGAGCCUUUGGUAUUUUUUAAUACGUCCUCUAUACAUAUUAAUAAUUUAAUAUUAGGAAAAAGAUAUUGCUUUAUUUUUUACUUAAUUAAUUUUGAUUUAAUGGAUGUUAAUUUUGAAUUUGAUCAAAAUUCGUUCAACACCUUCAAUAGUAAAAAGGAGACUAUCAAAAUAAUUCCAUUUAAUGGAAUUAUAAAAUCGUGCUAUAGAAAAAAUAAAUACAUGUACAAUCAAAUAAGGAAGUUAAAUAAGGUCAUCAUUAUAAAUAAAGAAGAUAAUGAUAGAAAGAAAAUGAUCAUGGAAGGAAACCCCUUCCCUGAGGCAACUUCUAUUUCGAGUGAUGAUCAUCAGAGUGACUCGUCCCAAAAUGUUGUUCCAUGUAGUAUACAUAAUAAGUCAUUAGUAGAUAGAGAGAAGAAAAAUAUGAAAAAAAGGAUAAAGGUGCAUAAUUUUGAUCAUUCUGAAAAUAGAAACACGAAUAACGACAGUGACAACUAUUGUUGCUCGUCCAUAGGUUCUCCUGACAUGUUGGGAUCCUCUUCAAGUCUCAGUUAUGAUGAAAAUAAAAUAGGAAAAACGACUAAAAAUAAAGGUAACAUGUCAAAUGAUAAGCACAAAUUCAAAAAUGAAUACACAGAAGAAGACAGCUUUUCAGAGUGGGGAUAUAUAAAUACAUCAUGCGAAUCGGAUACAGAUUCUUCCAUUAGCUUAUCAGAUGGGAAUAACGAAGAGGUUGACACCAAUUACACAAAUAAGUUUUUCCUUCUGAAUUAUUAUUUAAAGAGAGUAUGGAAAAGCAAUAACAAGAAGUUUAUAAAAGAUCUUAACAAAUUUUUAGGAAAAGGAUGUUGCAAAAGAAUUAAAUUAUUUUUCAAACCACAUCUUGAACAAUUCUACAAUUUUAGAUUGUUAUGUAAAAUAGAUACAAAAGAGGAGCCUUUACAAAUGAAUUUCAAAACACAGGUUAGUAAAAUUAGUAUGAAUUGUUAUAUCGAAAAUUUUGAUAAUGAAAGAAUAAGACUGAAUUUAGAUAAUGACAUAUCAAGUAAAAAACAAAAAAAAUAUAAAAAUAACAUGGUCAAUAUUUACGAAGUAAUAGAUUUUAAAGAUACGUUAAUAGGGAAAAAAAAAAUUUCCAAUAUUGUUAUAGAAAAUUUAGGAAAUUUCGAUAUAUUUUAUAAAUACUAUUUACAAAAACAGGAUGAAGAAAUUUCUAUAAUAUGUAGUGAAAAAUAUAUUCCACAAAACACUCCUUUUACCAUUUCUGUUGAAUAUAUGCCUUUAAAAAAUCAAAUAUAUGAAAAUUAUUUGACUAUUAAUAUAACAGAUUAUUACCUAAUUAAUUUAAAAAUAACUGCAAUUGCAACAAACUUUUUAAUUAAUUUUUCAUUUUACAAUUAUGAUUUUGGCAAUGUUAUUUUAUUCCCCCUUCUAUAUAAGGGAGAAAAAAUAAAAGGAAUAACAAACACAGACCACAGGUUCAAAGACAGUUUUUCAUCAGAUGAUAGCUCCUUAUCGUCUUUGAUUUCUAAUUUUAAAAUUAAUGAGAAGGAAAGGAGGAUUAAAAGGCUACAGGAGGAGGAGGAAGAGGAGGAGAGGAAGAAGAGGAAGAAGAAGCAGAAGCAGAAGGAGGAGACUAAGGAGAAGGAUGCAAGGGUGAUACAAAGUGCUGAGGAGAAUAAUACGGAUUUGGAGCGUAAAAAGAAGGGGAAGAAAAAGCAAAAAAAGAAACAGAAGGAAAAUAAAUUGAAGGAAAAGACAAGUGAAGAUAAUAGUACAAAUACGAAUGACAAAAAAAAGACAGAAAAGAAUGCAGAAAAGAAAAAGAGAAUUCAUAAAUUUAAAAAUGCUGAAGAAAAGGAAAAACAAAGGAAAGAGAGAAACGCUGACCCCAAAGAUGAUAAUAAAGAGAUACAAAAUGAACAAGACAUAGAUAAAAACAAAAUGAACAGUGAAGAUAUGAACAAAAAUAGAAAAAGUAGAAAAGACAAGGUUGCGUCUGCUACAAAAUCAGAAAUUAAUGAGGUAAAGAACAAAAUAAAUUACACUGAAAACGAAAUAGAUAACCUUUCAGAGAGUGAAAACACCACUGCAGUAGAAACAAAACUUGUAAUUAGUAAUAAUAAUGAAGAAGAUUGUUAUAUUGAAUAUGAGCUGAAUGAGGAGUGUCUAAAAAUAACAAACCUUAGAAAAAAGAUACACUUAAAACGAAAAGGUAGAAUAUGUCUUUUUAUUCAAUUUAAACCAAAUGAAGAAAAUAACUAUAACUAUAAAAUACCUUUUGUAAUAAACGGAGAUACGACAAAAAUGGUUUAUGUCCACAUAAAAGGAUCAGCGACAAAUUUUAGGUUACCCCUUUCUUGUAAUCACUCAAACGAGAUUCAUUUUAAGGAUGUUCAUGUUGAUAAAGAAAGCAUUAACAAAUUCACACUUCAUAAUAAAAACUCAGAGGAUAUAUCUUUUAAAGUACGGAAUUAUAACCUUUUGGAGAAAUAUAAUCUCUCCAUUAUGAAAUUUGAUAAUUCCAUUUGGCAUAAUUUAAAGAAGAAGGAAAAAAAGACAUUCGAAAUAAAAUUCGUUCCUGAAAAGUAUGUUAAUUUACAAAUACCUCUAUAUUUGAGUGUAGAUUACAAGGGAAAAAAUAUUGCUUAUUAUUUAACAAGCAUUAAACUGAGUAGCAUAUGUUAUAAAAUAAUUCUCAAAGAGAAUUUAUUAACUUUCAAUAAGACAGAUAUACAAAGAGACAUGAUAGACUCAGAGAGUGUAAACCAAGUUGGCGAAAAAGAAAAAGCUUAUCAAAUUAAUCAGAUUAACAAUGUACACGAAAUUGAGGAAAUUAAUGAUAUUAAGGAAAAACUAUUUAAGUGCGCAAUUAUUAAGAACUCCAUAAAAAGUAGAAAAGUUCAACUACACAAUAGGGGAGACAUGAACGCUCAGUUUCAAAUCGUUUACCCGCAGAAGUAUGAAAAAUUUUUGCAUAUAUAUCCAAAAAAAGGAAUUAUAUUUUCUUUUAACUUAACAAACAUUUACAUUUUUGUGGACACAGAUUUUGCAAACAAGGAUUUGUUCCUUAACGAUGUUUGUGUUGAUUUAUUUCCAAAAUUUAAUAAAAUUAAUAGCAGAAUUGUUUUAAACAUAUUUAUUAAUACGCAUAAUGAUGUAAUUAAGUAUAAAAGUGAUUAUAAGAAUAAUUCCAAAUUAGUAACUUUAGGAGAAAAUGAACAAGAUGAGAAGCUCACCAUUUAUGAAAAGCUCCAAAAUGAAAAGGGGAAAACACGAGGUGUAGUCCACUCUGAAAAAAAUGAUAAUACUGAAUGCAAAGACAAAAAUGUUAAUAUGAUUUUUUUAAAAAAUGAAAUCGUUAUCACUUUUUUGACAGAAAUCAGGAAAAAGAUAAGCAAGACUAUCGAAAUAAGUAAUGAAACGGAAUCAAACUUUAAAAUGAAAUAUAAAUUUUUAACAAAUGAUAGCAACUUUUUUUCUCUUGUAAAUCAUGAAGAUGUUGUAAAAUCGAAUGAAAACAGAAAAUUUCAGAUUGUUUACAACCCACUUUUUGUUCAAAAAAUGAAGAAAAAUACUAAUAAUUAUCACAACACAUUGUGUUCAAAAUAUCUUAAAUAUUUUCCCAAAAUUCACCACAUAUCUAAGUUGGUUAUAUAUUACCCUAACAACGUUGCACAGAAUUAUACCCUUUUAGGCUAUUCAAAUAGUGCAAUUUAUGAGAAGAAGAAAAUUUUUAAUUUUAAGUCUAAGGUUUUAAACAAUGCUUCUAUUAGAAUAAAAAACUGGUUAAAUGAAAAUCAGACACUGCUUAUUUCAUAUCAAGAACAUGACAAAGACUUUAACAUUUCGAAUAAUGAACAUUUGUUUUUUUACGUUCAAAAUAAGAUCAAUCUGUCAAAUAAAGAAGAAACGAACGUGCCGUUUAAAGUUAUAUCAUUAAGAGAAGGAACCUACCAUGUGAUAUUAACCUUUUCCAAUGAAAAGUAUGAAGAUGUGUAUAGAAUACUUCUACAAUUUGAAAUAACGAAAAGCGAAUUUCUAUCCAUAGGAAAUAUAAAGGGAAAUAAGAAAGAAGUAUUAAAAGAGCAAGUUUGUAUCUAUAACCCACUGGAUGAAAAUAUAAAAAUGGAUGCAGUUCUUGAUUAUAAUUAUGCAUUUUUUGAUAAAUCAAUAGUUCUUGAGAAGAAAAAAAAUAACAACAUUAACAUAUAUUUUUGCAUCGUCAGAAACGAAAGUGAUAGAAAUGUCAUAAUAUCGUUUACUAAUAAAAUGAUUGGUACAUAUAAAUUUAAAUUUAUUCUGAAUGUAAACAUAGACGACUUUGAAGAUAAUUUUUAUUUCAAUACUGAUUUAGGAUCUAUUCAAAUUAAUGAAAUAUCAUUUACAAAUAUGUGCAACCAUAAAAUUAACUACGAAGUAGUCAUAGAAGAUUAUGACGAAAGCAACAAAAAUUCAAAACAGAUAUUCCAUUGCGUUGAUAAAUCUGUCAAUGCUAAAUCUAUGGAUACGAAUUUUUUUUUAAAAAAUGAGAAGCUCAAUAAAUUGACAGACAAAAUUGAUUUAACCAUCAAGUAUACCCCCUCAGAUAUUAGAACGAAUAAGGCCGUUUUGAAGUUACUCUCUAAGGAGGGAAUCGUUUACAAGGGACUGCUAAUCGGAAAAAGUGUGGCACCGAAGCCAAAGGGACCUAUAUUCUGCUCAUCACAAAAGACGACACUUAUUUCUUUUAUGAAUCCGUUCUUUCUCUUGAAGCAAUUUUAUUUAAAAGUGGACGAACAUUUCUCUGUUCCAUUUGAGAUGACCAAAGUAGAAGCACGCCAGACAAUUCAAAUACCAGUUAAAUGCAAAGCAACAUGUGCUACAUCAGGUAAACUCGUAAUAAAAUCAGAAGAUGACAUUAUUUGGAUGUAUUAUUUAACAGGAAAAUAA